AAGGCAGUACAGUAGCUGCCUCACACACACCACUCCUGCCCCAGGGGAGACUGUAGUGUACUCUGUCCCGGGCUCUCUGGGAGAGAGAAUCUGUACCAACCCAAGUAUGGCCCACUCUGCAGCAGGCCUACAGACCACAUUUGAGGAUGAGUGUCCCAUCUGUAUGAGUACCCUGACAGACCCACAUCACCCUGCUGCCUGUUCUCAUGUGUUCUGCCGACUAUGUCUGACGUGUUCUUUAAAGUGGUUACCCCACUGCCCUGUGUGCAGAGCUAAGGCGCGGGUUGAUGACAUAAUGCCUGCUGGUGCCACUGAUGUCACUUUCAGAGUCCAGACGAGGACCACAGUCGUCAGGUUGGGUCAACCUCUCCCUGGCUUGUUGGGGCUUUCCACCCCAGCAACUAGACCUGUGACAGGGGAUAUCCAGAGUGCUGCAGUGAGGACGUUUGUCUGUCCGAUCUGCCAGGAGAGGGGUCUGAAUGAGCAGGAUCUGGUGGAUCACUGCAAUGACAUCCAUCACUAUGACAACAGGCCCGUGGUGUGCCCGGUGUGUGUCUCUCUGCCACACGGUAACCCAAACCAAAUCAGCAGGAACUUCAUCAGACAUUUGAACCUAAGACACUGCUACUAUGCCGAGGACUACACGAAUAUCCACCAAACCGACACAUUGAACGUGCAAUAUGCCAUUAUUGAGUCUCUCCGGGAUGCCAACCGGAAUCCAAGAUGAUCUUGACUGAUAUAAUUUAUAAUCUAGCAAUUUAGCAAUAACAAUGUCAUAAUGAUUUGUGUACUAAGUAAUAUGUUCAAUAAGUUGUGUGCAAUAUUUUGAUGCUAAAGCUGCUCACAAACAUUUGUGAAAAUUGUAAUGUUGUCAAACGUUGAUAGUUUUAUUUUCUUUCUUUUGAAUGUAUGAAAUCUAAUUUACUGCAACUAGUCUAACUGCCAAUAAAUAAACACUAAUUCAUUACAUGUUACAUAGUGUAGAAAUAUUUUGAUAAAUCUAUCAUAAAAUCUAUCAACUAUAAUAUUGACACUAGCUUUGAUAUACUUUUCCAUUUAAUGUCUUUGUAUAUACUUGACUUGACUAUAAUAAUUUAAUCAAACAUAUUUCUUUCCUGGAGGAUUGUAUUAUGUAUGUGGUUGCAUGUCCAUGUGUGUGUGUGUAAUUAUGUGUGUAUUGCUGGUUCUGCUGUCGAUUGUUCCUUAGUCUUCCUCUACCUACAUAAGCUAAUGGGGGACUAUUAAAUAAUCAAUAAUAAUACAUUUGACAUUUAUCAUGUUUUUCAUGAAAUUGGAUGAAAUUUGGAUGAAACCAGAUCAAAGUAGGACUACCAAAGUAUGACAAAUUACUGUUGCUUCUACAUUGAUAAAGUUUCAUCAAAGUUACUGGUCCCCUCACCAUGUCAAACACUUGGAUUAGGAGGCGGGAUGGAGGUGGGAUUAUUAAGUGAUUUUUGUGAAAUCACAAAAAGCCUAAUUUUAAAUACACCAAUGGUUACAUCUUAUUAUCUUACCUAAUUUAAAUAAGUACCGCCUUGUAACCAACAUCACAGAAGGCAUGUUCGCAGAAGGGGGUGGUUUACAUAGCCCAGCGUCAUUCGGGUUUGGCGGGGGGGGCGGGUGCCUGCAGGCUGACGUCAGUUGAACAGUGUUCAUAUACCAAAAACUCAUUGUUUACAGGCCACAUUAGGCCUGCAAGUAGGGUUGCAAAACUCCUGUAACUUCCCCAAAAUUCCCAGAUCUUCAAAAUAUCCUGGUUGAAGGAUUUCCAGGACUCUUCCAACCAGGAUUUUUGGAAAACCUGGGAAAUGUACCAGAA